AUGUCGAACGCUGAGGAGAAUGUGAAUGUUGGAGGAGCGGGCGGCAGCCAGAACAACCGCACUCCUGGGACACCAUCGUUCAUGUUUCAAACCCCACCCAUUAACUGCCAGCCACGAGCCCAACCAUCGCAGAGUGCAUGCAGUACUGCGAGUGUCGCCAUCAUUGCCGACCUUCAAGAGCAACUCCAAGAGCGGGAUAGGACGUUGGAGCAGAUGUGGCAGGCGAUGCAUGCCACCGGACUAUUGCCACCUGAGGGUCAGAAUGAGGGUGGAGAUCAAUCGUUUGAUGAUGAGGUACAUAGUCGUUCCGUUCCAAGGAAGGAGGUCAUUGGAGCUGUCAGACGCCGAGGGAUCUCAUUCAAAACCUUCAUGGACUGUAAGCCACCUACCUUUGAGGGAGGAGAGAGUGUUGUAGCAUGCCUUCGUUGGAUUAGGAAGAUGGACCAAACCUUCCGAUCUCGUGAAUUUAAUGAGGACCAGAAGGUGAUUUAUACGGUGCGAACGUUUGACAAAGAAGCACUCGAAUGGUGGGACACUAUUGACACACGGCUCACUGAGGUCACUCGGAGGGCUAUGACUUGGGAAAUUCUUAGUAAGAAGGUGAAAGAUCAUUUAUGCAGUGAAGGUAGUAUACAACAUGCCCAAGGGGAGUUUUUGAAUCUUCAGAAUGGUAGCAUGACGAUUGCUAAGUAUAACACCACCUUUAUUGAGAAGUCACAGUUCGCUACUAAUUACUGCCCGACUGAGGAGAAGUUGAAUCAUCACUAUGUGGAGGGGUUACCAUUUGAUUACCGUGUAGUUGUGAGAUUAAAGACCACUUUAGUCGAGGCCAUGGAUGAGGCUCGCAAGAUAGAGAAUGAUAUAGCUAUUCGGGAUCGUACCACAACCAAGUGGGAGGAUCAAUCGGGGUCCUCUGAGAAGCAGAAAUUUCAGAAGAAGGGUGAAAAAUCAACAUUUUGUAAGAAGUGUCACUCUUCUCAUGGAGGUCCAUGUAGUAGUAGUACCAAGAGUUGCAAGCGAUGUGGUAAGGUGGGGCACCGUUAUGAAGAUUGUAAGAGUGUUGAACCUAUGUGCUACAACUGUCAUCAAAUGGGACAUAUCAGUAUGCAAUGUACCAACCCCAAGGUCCAGAUGGGAGCUAGUGAGAAGAAAGAUGAAGCGCCAAAGGUGAAAGCUCGUGCUUUCAAUAUGACAACUGAUGAGGUAAUUUUUGGGAACCCUCUUAGUUAA